AGGUUAAAGAAAUAGAAACUUCAGCACCGUCGCGUUUUCCUCCAUUUAUAUAUCACCCCCUUCAUCUCAGCCCUCGCAUCGCUCCCCAAAAAUGGCUUCGGAGAGCAGUGAGGUGGUCAAGGAGUUCCGAUUCUUCAGAGUCUUCAAGGAUGGCCGCUUGGAAUUCUUCAUGCCUCCCGUCGAGAAGAUCCCGCCCUUCGAUGACCCCAACACCGGCGUCCGAUCCAAGGACGUCGUCAUCUCCUUGGACCCGCCCGUCUCCGCCCGGAUCUUCCUGCCCCCGAUCUCCGACCCGGCCCGGAAGCUCCCCCUCCUCUUCUACGUCCACGGCGGCGGGUUCUCCAUGCUGUCCGCGUUCGCCCGCAGCUACCACAACUUCGUCAGCACGGUCGCGGCCGAGGCCGGCGCGAUCGCCGUCUCCGUCGAGUACGGGCUCUUCCCGUCUCGCCCCGUCCCGGCCUGCUACGACGACUCCUGGGCCGCGCUCCGGUGGGUGGCGGGCCACGCCGGCGGGGACGGGGCGGAGCCGUGGCUGAACGAGCACGCCGACUUCGGGCGGGUCUUCAUCGGCGGGGACAGCGCCGGGGGCAACAUCUCGCACACGCUGGCGGCCCGGGUCGGGUCGAUCGGGCUGCCGCAGGGGGUGAGGGCGGCGGGGGUCAUAUUGGUGCAUCCGUACUUCGGCGGGACGGACGACGACCAGAUGUGGCUGCACAUGUGCCCCACGAACGGCGGGCUGUCGGAUCCGAGGCUGAAGCCGGCGAAGGAGGACCUGGCGAGGCUGGGGUGCGAGAAGGUGUUGGUGUUCGUGGCGGAGAAGGAUCACCUGAUGGAUGUCGGAAUCGGGUACUACGAGGAGCUGAAGAAGAGCGGAUGGAAAGGGAGUGUGGAGAUGGUGAAGAAUGUCGGGGAAGAGCACUGCUUUCACAUCCACAAUCCCAUGUACGAGAAGGCGGUGGAGUUGAAGGACAAGUUCGUCUCCUUCAUCAAGAACAACUGAUUGAGAUCUGAUUCUGUGCCAUGAAAUUCGGGUAAUGUUUGAUCCGCGGGAUCGAUUGAUUCUCACCGUUCGGCUUUGUUUCAAUGGCUUGUCGUGAUGAAUCUGAAUAACUGGAUAUCUAUCGAUCCUUGUAAGUUCCUCUAGUAAUUUGAAUUUGACUGAUCUUCUGCCAGCUGCGAAUAUCAGAUUAUCCAGCCAUUUGUAGCCUACGCUCUGUAUCUGUUUUCUAGUCUCUACAGCGGGUUUCAUUAA